AUGACGAAAACGACAUAUUCGCCAUUCGGAUUGCCAUUAACAGAUGAAGCUCUUAAACUUGUCAACGAAACUCGCCUUAAAAUAACUCAACCUAUUCACCCAAAUUUUGACACCGAUUUCAACAUUUAUCGUUUCGUCAUGUCAGCAGAACGAGCUUACAAAAAGGAGAAAGAUGUAAUUUCCCACGCGGCAAAAGCUUUGAACAAUCAUUUACGCUACAGAAAAUCGUUGAAUUUGGACAGUGAACAUAUUGUCGACUUUGAUGAGAACCCGAUUUUUGUCAAAAGACUAAUGCCAAGAGGUGAUAUUUUGGACAAAACAGAUGCUCAUAAUAGACUUCUAUGGUAUAUUGAAUAUGCCACGAUCACUAUCGAAAGCAUUGCUCAUUCAAUUAAGAGUUCGGAGGCUUGCAAAUUUCAAUUUCUUCAAUUUGAGUACAUGCUUCGAAGAGUGAUGCAGCAAGAAGAGAAGACAGGAAAAUUGAGCUCAUUACGCCAUAUUGUCGACAUGAAUGGAUAUGAAAUCAAUCCAUUUACGAUGGUUUUUGUUUCGAGUGGAACAUUGGCUUAUUAUUCUCAACUUUUUCAUUUUGAGAACUAUCCCGAACUGGUUUCACCGGUUGACAUGGUGAAUAUUGCAAAGUGGAUUCAUCUUCCGUACAAACUUGCAAAAUCAAUGAUGCCUACUGGAUUUUCGGAUAAAUUCCGCCUCCACGACAGUCAUUUUUUGAAAACUCUUCUUGAAGAUAUUCAUGUGGAUGAUAUACCAGUAUCUCUUGGAGGAAAUGAUUCAGAGAUAAAGUGUGUUGGCGCUUUGAAAAUCGAUUCUGAAAACUACUGGAAACCAACAAACGAAAAGGUGUUGGAAGAAUUGGAAAAUUUCCACAUCGGAGGCAAAAAAAGCAAGCAUGUUGUUUUGAAUUUGACAACUGGUAAAAGUUUGAGCUGGUAUUUUUCAACUGACGGUGAUAUCUACUUCGGUAUAUUUUAUGAGGGUGAACCUAUUAAUAACAAUGACGAGGUCGAUGAAAACCUAGAUCAUAUGGAAAUGGUAUAUCCAUGGCUCAAACUCGCUGCAAGACUUGUUCAUGAAAAUGAUUCUUUAAACAUUACGAAAGACGGAAAAUACCAUAUUGUUUUCCGCAAUGCUUCAUGGCUUACCAAGCGAAAUAUUGAUUUUUAUGCUCAAGUCACUGAUGAAGAUGGAAUUUGCAAGCGAGUUUUUACCGAUGGAACCUUGUCAACUGCUGAUAAACGUAUUUAA